AUGGCAACGACCGGUAAAGUGAUUAAGUGUAAAGCGGCAGUUGCCUGGGAAGCUGGAAAGCCUUUAUCCAUUGAGGAAGUCGAAGUAGACCCACCCAAAGCCGGAGAAGUACGUGUGAAAAUACUCGCGACUGGUGUCUGUCACACUGAUGCUUAUACGCUAUCUGGAAAGGAUCCGGAGGGUGUGUUUCCAGUGAUUUUAGGUCACGAGGGCGGUGGUAUCGUUGAAAGUGUCGGAGAAGGUGUCACUUCCGUGAAGCCAGGUGACCAUGUUUUGCCUUUGUAUGUACCCCAGUGCAAAACUUGUAAAUUCUGUCUCAAUCCUAAAACUAACCUAUGUCAAAAAGUGCGCGUCACUCAAGGUCAGGGUGUGAUGCCCGAUGGCACCAGACGUUUCCGUUGCAAAGGCAAGGAAUUGUUCCAUUUUAUGGGUUGUUCCACAUUCAGUGAAUAUACUGUUGUCCUAGAAAUUUCAUUAUGUAAAAUUAAUGAUGUCGCACCGCUCGAUAAGGUAUGCUUGCUUGGAUGCGGAGUCACAACAGGUUAUGGAGCUGCUUUAAAUACGGCUAAAGUGGAAUCUGGCUCCAGUUGUGCUAUAUUUGGUCUAGGAGCUGUAGGUUUAGCUGUGGCUUUAGGAUGCAAAGUAGCCGGCGCUAAACGUAUCAUUGGAGUAGAUAUCAAUCCUGACAAAUUUGAAGUUGCUAAGAAAUUUGGAGUUAAUGAGUUUGUGAAUCCCAAGGAUUAUGAUAAACCGAUCCAGCAAGUGCUAGUUGAUUUAACAGAUGGUGGUUUGGAUUACACCUUUGAAUGUAUUGGAAAUGUCAACACAAUGAGAGCUGCUUUAGAGGCCUGCCAUAAAGGUUGGGGUGAAUCUGUUAUCAUUGGAGUGGCUGGUGCUGGUGAAGAAAUCAGCACUCGGCCUUUCCAGCUGGUUACUGGCAGGGUUUGGAAAGGAACAGCUUUCGGUGGCUACAAGAGUAGAGAUAAUGUACCAAAAUUGGUUGAAGAUUACCUAAGUAAUAAGUUACCUUUGGAUGAAUUUGUUACACAUAAAGUUUCUUUAACCGAGAUCAAUGAAGCUUUCCAUCUCAUGCAUAUUGGCAAAUCAAUUCGUGCUGUUGUUGAAUUC